AUGAAGUGGCAUAAUCAGAGCGGUGCAUCUGAAUUUAUCCUCUUGGGACUUCCCAUUUGGACAGAGAAGCAAGGUCUUUAUUAUACUCUUUUCUUGCUUAUGUACCUGACUACGGUGCUGGGGAACCUGCUCAUCAUCUUGCUCAUCAGAUUGGACUCUCAUCUCCAUACCCCCAUGUACUACUUUCUCAGUCACCUGGCAUUUACCGACAUCUCUUUAUCUUCAGUGACAGCCCCCAAAAUGCUAUUUAAUAUGCAGACACGGGAUCAAUCCAUAUCAUAUGAAGGCUGUGUUUCCCAGGUGUAUUUUUUCUUGUAUUUUGCGUGUCUGGACAACCUCCUACUUACCUCCAUGGCCUAUGACAGGUAUGUGGCCAUCUGUCAUCCCCUCUACUAUAUUACAAUCAUGAGUCAAAACUUGUGUUUUCUGUUAGUAAUUGUGUCCUGUAUCCUAUCAUCUGCGGGUGCCCUUUGCCACACACUCCUUCUAGCCCGCCUCUCUUUCUUUGGAGAAAACAUUAUAAUGAGGUGGCAUAAUCAGAGCAGUGCAUCUGAGUUUAUCCUCCUAGGACUUCCCAUCUGGACAGAAAAGAGAGGUCUUUACUAUACUCUUUUCCUGCUCAUGUACCUGACUACAGUGCUGGGGAACCUGCUCAUCAUCCUGCUCAUCAGGCUGGACUCUCGUCUCCACACCCCCAUGUACUACUUCCUCAGUCACCUGGCACUCACUGACAUCUCUUUCUCUUCGGUGACAGCCCCAAAGAUGUUAUUUAAUAUGCAGACACGGAAUCAAUCCAUAUCUUAUGAGGGCUGUGUUUCCCAGGUGUAUUUCUUUUUGUAUUUCGGGUGUCUUGACAACCUCCUUCUUACCUCCAUGGCCUAUGACAGGUAUGUGGCCAUCUGUCAUCCUCUCCAUUACACCACCAUCAUGAGUCAGAGUUUAUGUUUCCUGCUGGUACUUAUUUCCUGUGUCCUAUCCUCUGCUGUUGGCCUCUUGCACACCCUCCUCUUGGCCCGUCUUUCUUUCUAUGAUGACAAUAUUGUCCCCCACUUUUUCUGUGAUGUUUCCGCCUUACUUAAGCUGUCCAGUUCAGAUACUACAGUCAAUGAACUGGCUAUCUUUACAGCAGGAUUUGUGAUAAUUUCUGUGCCAUUUAUAUGCAUUCUGUUCUCUUAUUGUCGUAUUGGUGCCACCAUCCUGAGAGUUCCCUCUACCAAGGGAAUCGUCAAAGCCUUGUCCACCUGUGGCUCUCACCUUACUGUGGUAUCUCUCUACUAUGGAUCAAUUAUUGGGCUGUAUUUUUUGCCCUCACCUAGUAGUAAUUCCAAUGAGAAAGAUAUCAUUGUGGCUGUAUUGUACACUCUGGUAACACCCAUGCUAAAUCCCUUCAUCUAUAGUCUGAGGAAUCGUGAUAUGAAAGGGGCUUUGGGAAAUGUCCUGAGUAGGACAAUAUUUUCAACAAAAUGA